ACAUUUUUUUUUUUCAUGCAGUGGACCAGACUGACCUAAUUCAUGCUCUGUAUGUUUCACCAGUGCUGUUUUAUGGGGUGAACAUUGGGCUAUUUUUAUUCCACUUUCACUCCCAGCAAAUCACGACCCCAGUCUGGUCCAGGGUCAAAGCGAGGACUGCAGCCACGGGGCACUGACGCAAGGACACACAUGACUCAAAUGAGUUCUAUCAUGAAAUGAAAAAGUUGUUUUUUUCUAGUUUUCUAGAUUGUCCACCUUCACUCGCUGCGGCUGCAUCACUUAGCGCGCAAAGGAGGACACCACUUGUCGUGUCCACCACCGCGUAUACGCGCGCCACCAUAGUGCUCCACGCACGUGUUACCGGCUGCCACGGAGCCACGGGACUGUUUUGCGAGAGUCGCUGCUUAGAGGAGCGCACGGGCGGACCAUCCAUCUGCGAGCGUCACAUCGUCCACAUUCGCCUGUGCGCAAUGGCACCGAGCGCUCCUCCCGCUCUCCUCGCAGUGCUGGACGCGGUGACCGGACAACUUUUCACACUGCGCGGGUGAUGCUUUUCCUCCGCGGCGUCUGAUGAAUCCCUCACUGGGAAACAGUAACAGGUCUGCUAAGCAUAUCACCUCCGGGGCGUCUCCAUGGCGAUGUUUAGUGGCUCAGAGCGGCUCUGGAACGAGUCAUACCACCUCGGAUGGGACGAGAGGAACGAGAGCGCAGAUGCGUCGGAGCAAGACAACGGGGAACACAACUACUACGCCAUGCUGUACUCCCUGCUCAUCCUGGCCAUCGUGUUUGGGAACGUGCUGGUGUGUCUGGCCGUGCUGCGAGAACGCUCCCUUCAGACCACCACCAACUACCUGGUGGUCAGCCUUGCAGUAGCUGACCUGCUGGUGGCUCUGCUGGUCAUGCCGUGGGCCGUGUACCUGGAGGUGGUCGGCGGAGCCUGGCUUUUCAAUCGAAUUUACUGUAACAUCUUUGUCACGCUGGAUGUGAUGAUGUGCACCGCCAGCAUCCUCAACCUGUGUGCCAUCAGCAUUGACAGGUACACAGCUGUGGUGAUGCCCGUCCUGUACAACACCACCCAUCGCUCCAGGAAGAGAGUAUUUGUGAUGAUUGCGACCGUGUGGGUCCUGGCUUUCGCUGUCUCCUGCCCUCUGCUGUUUGGCUUCAACACCACAGAUGACCCCAUGGUGUGCUCCAUCUCCAACCCCGACUUUGUGAUCUACUCGUCAGUGGUGUCCUUCUACCUGCCUUUUAUUGUCACGCUGCUCGUCUACAUCCGCAUUUACGUCUUCCUCAGGAGAAGGCGGAAGAGGAUUACCUUUGGCCAGGCCAGUGGAAAGAUCCAGCCCGGCUCUACCCCGCCGUCUGUGGAGACCUGUCUACAAGACGAGACGGCAAAGGCGAAGCAAGACCUGUCACCUAUAAGGAUCAAAGUGCAGAGCGUGGAAACCUCCAGUCCCUCCAAGCCGAACCUGCUCUCGCGGUGCCUGUGGCGCAAACAUCCGAAGACGGGACCGGUGGAGAACUCGGCGCUGCCCCCGGUGGACACGCAGAACUACUGCAGCAUCAGCCACGCCUCCUGUGGACGCACAGAGCUGGAUCUGGAGCAGGAGCGCGGGGAGGACGAGGAGGACGAGGAGGGGGAGGACAGCCCAAACGAACAGCCUCCCGUCAUGAUUAGGUGCGAGGUGAAGGAUCUGUCGAACGGGCGAACGCACACGUCGCUGCAGCAGAGGCCGCACUCUCACACCAACAGUCAGCGCUUCAGGAGCAUGCAUGCGCGGGAGAAGAAAGCCACUCAGAUGCUGGCCAUUGUGCUUGGGGUGUUUCUCAUCUGCUGGCUGCCUUUCUUUGUGACACACAUUCUGAACACCCACUGCAGGACGUGCUACGUGCCCCCCGCACUUUACGGCGCGUUCACUUGGCUGGGCUAUGUCAACAGCGCCCUCAACCCCAUUAUCUACACCACCUUUAACAUCGAGUUCAGACGGGCCUUCAUCAAGAUCCUGAGCUGCUGAGCAAAGGAGGCGCAUCAGGAAAUUAAAGUGAAAAUGAGGCGGAGGACGUGGCCGCGGGUGCGGUAUGGGGGGGAGGGGGGCGGGGGGUUGCGUUUACUACUAAACACUGACCACAGACUGCUCGUGGUCAGGGAACGGAAAAAACACAGCGUCCAGCUCUUAAAGAGCAAUAAAAAGAGGAUUUCUUAAGUUUUAACAACAG